AUGGUGGUGGUGAGAGAACCGGAGAGGGCAGGGGAGGGACCGGUUGAUAUUACCCCCAAGGAGUAUGCGGUGCGCACAAUGGCUCAGGGCUCCGAAAGUGGCGGUGCCUUCAGAGUUUCAGCGGAUACAGAUACACUAGUUUUCUCCAAUUACAGCGACCAACGCCUUUACAAGCAGUCCUUAACUUCUUCCACUAUUGGUGAUUCUUCUCCUACACCACUCACUCCGGAUUAUGGUGGACCAAUUGUGAGUUAUGCUGAUGAGGUGUUUGAUGCCCGCUUUAAUCGUUAUAUAACUCUGCGGGAAGAUGCUCGUCAAAGCACCACUGAUCCCAUCACAACAAUCGUGGCAGUAGAGCUUGACAACACGGAUAUUCGGGAACCAGAAGUACUAGUAGGUGGAAGCGACUUCUAUGCCUUCCCUCGUCUGGACCGCAAAGGUGAACGAUUUGCAUGGAUUGAGUGGUCUCAUCCCGACAUGCCAUGGGAUAAAGCUCAACUCUGGGUUGGCUAUAUAUCUGAGAUAGGAGAGUCUCCAACUGAACCCAAGUGGUCAUCUAAAGGGGAACUAUUUUUUAUUACUGACAGACAAAAUGCGUAUUGGAAUCUGUAUAAAUGGAUUUUCUUUGACGAGGUUGAGUCUAAUAAUGAGGUGAUAUCUGUUUAUUCUUGGGAUGCUGAGUUCUCCGGACCAUUAUGGAAUUUUGGAAUGAAUUCUUAUGAACUUAUUCAGAGCCAUGAGCAAAAUAUCUUAAUUGCUUGCAGCUAUAGGCAAAAUGGAAGGUCAUAUCUUGGAAAUCUGGAUGAUGUUCAGAGCUCAUUCUCCGUGCUUAAUAUUCCUUUCACGGAUACAGAUAAUAUUGUGACUUUAGAUGACCAUAAAUCAAAAGCAGUUGCAUUCAAGAUUAUUUGGUCUUCUUCACCUGAUUUUUUAAAAUACAAGUCCUACUUCAGCUUACCCAAAGUUAUUCGAUUCCCAACAGAAGUUCCUGGUCAAACUGCCUUUGCAUACUUUUACACACCAUCAAAUCCUGAUUACCAAGCCACUCAGGAAGAAAAGCCUCCACUGUUAUUGCAAGCCCAUGGAGGACCCACAUUUGAAUCGUGCGGAAUCUUAAAUCUGAGUAUUCAGUACUGGACUAGUCGGGGUGGGGCAUUUGUUGCUGUUAACUAUGGUGGAAGCAGUGGUUAUGACAGAGAAUAUCGUGAAAGGCUCUUGAGGAAAUGGGGAAUUGUGGAUGUAAAUGACUGUUGCAGCUGUGCUAGAUAUUUGGUGGAUUCUGGGAAGGUAGAUGGCAAACGGCUGUGUAUUACUGGGGACUCUGCAGGUAGUUAUACAACCUUGGCUGCUCUUGCUUUUAGAGACACCUUUAAGGCAGGAGCUUCCUUGUAUGGUAUAGCUGACUUGACAAUGUUGAGGGCAGAAACUCAAAAAUUUGAGUCUCACUAUAUUGAUUGUGAAAAGGGUUACUUUGAAAGGUCGCCAAUCAACUUCAUUGAUAGAAUUUCUUGCCCCAUUAUCUUAUUUCAAGGAUUGGAAGACAAGUCUGUACCCCCAGUACAAGCUCGUACAAUAUACCAUGCUUUAAAGGAUAAGGGUCUGCCUGUUGCUCUCGUGGAGUACGAAGGAGGAACAACAUGGUUUCUGCAAAGUAUUUUCAAUGUUACGUUGUACGCUGAGAACAUUAAGUUCACGCUGGAGCAACAAAUGGUUUUCUUUGCACGGUUAGUUGGACACUUCAAGGUUGCAGAUGACAUUACCCCAAUCAAAGUUGAUAACUUCAAUUAA